UGUAAGGAGAUUGUCAUCAGACAUAAACGAUGCUUCAAUUGCCUCGCACCUCACCUAGUUAAGAAGUGCACCUCCGUGAAGAGAUGCCUAAAAUGCGGGAAAAAGCAUCAUACGACUCUUCACGAGAAUCAACGAGAAAUUUUAACCACACCAACUAGUACGCCGGCAAAACCGGCCAAUCAAUCUGAGGAGAAGUCAGAUCCAUCAGGAUCAGAGUUAUCUUUCAUCACGGAAGAUCUAGUGCAACGAGCCCAACUCACUAGAACGGCCGCAUCAAUACCGCUUCUCGGAAUUGGUGGCACUUAUUCCGGAAAUACAAAGGGGAGUGUUUUCAUACAACUGCACUCCAUUCAUGACUCAGCGUUACAAUGUCAAAUACAAGCCUUCAUAUUGCCACGUCUUACGGCGAAGUUACCAUCGUGCAGCGUUAGUGCUCCAACCUGGCCUCAUAUAUCAGGACUCCAGUUAGCCGAUCCGGAAUACUACGUCUCUGGAACAAUACAGGUCAUAAUAGGAUCAGACAAUUUUCAUGUCGUGAUACGACAAGGCAUGAUACCAGGCGAUUCUUCCUCGCCUACGGCGCAGCAAACCAUCUUCGGAUGGGUCCUCUGUGGCCCUAUGUCAGCAGCCGAGACACCUGUUUCAGCGCGUGCACAUCAUUGUUCACCGGAUCAAGAAUUACAAGAUCUUCUUUCCAGAUUCUGGACACAAGAAAAAAUUCCUAAGUCGACUAUAGCAGAGUUAACUGAGGAGGAAGAGGAGUGCGAACGACACUUUCUAACAACCUAUUCACGAGAUGCAACGGGCAGAUAUGUGGUUCGACUCCCUCUAAAAAUCAAUCCGUCGGUUUUGGGGGACUCUAAAGCAAAGGCUCUCGGUUGUCUUAAGAACCUGUUUCAACGAUUCUCAAAUCAAAGUACUUUUCAACAACUUUACGAACACUUUCUAGAGGAGUAUUUGAAGAUGGGUCACAUGAAAGAGGUUGACGCCUCCUCCGCUCAGACUUCUGUGGUGAAUUAUCUUCCCCAUCAUGGGGUACUACGAAAGAAUAAUCGAACCACGAAACUCAGGGUGGUUUUUGACGGAUCCAGCCCUACCAGCAAUGGCCUCUCGCUAAACGAUAUUCUACACGCCGGUGCCAAGCUUCAAAUUGACAUAUGCGAUAUUCUGCUUUGGAUACGUACCCAUAAGGUUCUAUUCUCUACGGAUAUAGUUAAAAUGUUCCGUCAGAUAGCUGUGCACCAGGACGAUUGGAACCUACAAAGAAUAUUAUGGAUCGGAUCGGAACAACAGCUUCUCGCCUACUGCCUUACUACAGUGACUUACGGACUACGAUGUGCACCCUUCCUGGCGUUGAGAGCUCUAGAGCAAUUGGUGAAAGAGGAAGGUCAUCGUUUUCCUAAUACAAUCAUUCCUAUAAAGAAGGGCAGAUUCGUCGACAACAUUUAUGGGGGAUCUGAUACGACAUUAGAAGCUAAGGAUAUUAUACAGCAAGUGAAGGGGCUUUGCGAAGCAGGAGGAUUUCCCUUGCAUGAAUGGAGUAGCAACUAUCCUGAUCUUCUCCCUGACCAGAAAGAAGGGGGACCUACCGACAUAGAAAUCGAUCCUACCUUUUGCAAGCUUCUGGGUCUCGUUUGGCGGCCAUUUUCUGACACUCUGCAUUUUUCUUCCACAGUUCCAAGCAAUAUCACCUUCACGAAGAGAGCAAUUGCCUCGGACAUAGCCAAGUUGUAUGAUCCUCUAGGGCUGAUUUCGCCUAUUAUAAUAAGAGCGAAAAUCAUAUUGCAGGAGCUAUGGCUGUUGAAGACUGGAUGGGACGAGCUGAUUCCUGUCACUUUACAAGAGAGAUGGACUGCGUUUUGA